AUGAGGUGGCCAAGUUUGCAGACUAGAGGCUGCGAGAGUCACGGAGGGAGUGAUGCUGAAUUAAGUGGUCGUAGAAGCACUUUUAGACACGGGCGCGACUACGUGUCGAUUACAGUUCCAGCAUUUAGUGAAAGACUAGAUGUCAACAAGCUACCAUCUUACCACGGGAGACUCCCGAAGACUAUGAAACAAGUGACAAUCUAUCGCAACUGGAUACAGAACCUGCUACAACAGGGAAAGAUCCGAAAGCUGCCGCAGAAACCUCGAUUUACGCUACCGGUACGAAUAGUUAAUGAACGAGUGACACAUGACUGCCGCCCUCUACUACCAUUUAUCACAACAGAUGGACGCUUUCCGAACCUACAAAGCUGUUGGCCGAUUGUAACCUGGGCCGCACAGCAACCGCACCUGGCGAAGAUUGACCUAAAGAAAGCGUUCCACUCCAUACCACUUGCCAACGACCAGAUCGGGGCAUACGCAUUUGAACUAGAAGGCAACUACUAUGCUUAUAUGACGAUGCCGAUGGGCGCCACAAACGCCCCCAAGCACUUUCACCAAGUUAUGGGCAUCAUACUAAGCAAACUACCGUUUUCACAUGACAUAAGAUACUACCAGGACGACAUAUUC